CUGUCAAACCAACCAAUCACAACACGCUGUUCAAGGAGAGUCACGCAGUGCGCAUGUUGACACAGCUCCUGCUUUUGAAAACAGGUGAAGAAAUCUUCAGUAUCUCGACUUUUUUCCGCCGGUUCUGAGUUCUGCUGGUGAAAAUGAACAGCGUCGGGGAGGCCUGCACCGACCUGAAGCGGGAGUACGACCAGUGCUUCAACCGCUGGUUCGCGGAGAAGUUCCUGAAGGGGGACCGGAGCGGAGACCCGUGCACCGAGACCUUCCGGAAGUACCAGCGGUGCGUGCAGAAGGCCAUCAAGGAGAAAGACAUCCCCAUCGACGGAGUGGAGUUCAUGGGCCCCAACAAGGACAAGCCCGAGAGCUGAUGGAGAGUUAAAGAAAAAAAGACUGAUUACCAAUGAUGACCCAUGCUGUGUGUCCACAAGGCCCACUGAGCAUGCGCAGAGGCAGAGAAGGUGCCAGAGAACACUGUCAGCAGGAUGAGGAGACUGAAACUGAUCACAUGUGUGUGUUUCUGAGUUUAAAACACACAGAGCUCAGAUCAGUAGCAUUAGGAGUUUAUUUAAUAUAAGGACUGUUGGCUGUGUGAGAGUUAUAAUAAUGGAUUCAUUGUUUAGUGUUGAUGUAACAGCAGAUUGUGAGCUGGAUGCAGCUUCUCUAUUGUGAACAAUUGCUGCUCUUCUCUGUUUUGUAUCACUGCUAUCUGGAUCUUUUCGGGUUUGGUCGUUUGUUUGUUUUUUAAAAUAUGAAACUGGAAAACAAAUUGACCAUUAAAUAACAGAAAUAACUACAA